UUCAUUCAUAAAACGAGCGGACGAAGAACGAAGCAGAGAGAAGUCCGAUUAAUAACUCGUGUAUAAAACAACUGAACGACAAUAUUGGAACGACAUUAGUAGUGAUUCUUUUAUGAGAGGAACUUAUUGAAGAGACGUUUUAUUUUGUGUAAUUCUGUAAUGGCGGAUAGUUGUUUCAUGUCUCUCGAAAGUGAAGUUUACGAUGAUCAAAUUGUUCCCGAUAACGACGACUGUUUUCUUUCUCCGGCAGAAUUAAGGCUACCGAGAACCGAAUCAUGCAAGUCAGCUGACGAUUUAGAGCGGUACAUCACAUUCCUCGACAUACCGAAUGGGAAACCCACGCGUCGGGAAAGCUCGUCCUUGGUGGACGAGUUUUUCGGGGACUCAAAGGACACGCCAGAGCUGCAGGCGGCCAAGAAGAUGCUGUCGGCGGGAUUCUCAAGGGGCGCUGAUAUCAGCAUGCUGAGGACUGGUCUCUUGAACGCGACUCGACAACAGAUAAUGCAGCACGCGAUUGGGGGACCCAGAAGGACGUCGUCGUCGUUGGUUGACGAAUUCUUCGGGAAGGAAUUGCCCAGUCCUAAACUGCCACAGGACACCACUAAAGCGCCAAGUUUGCAGGCCAGCAAGUUUCAGAACGGGUUCGAUAUGGAUGCAACAUUCGUUAACGAUUAUAGCAGCCUCGUGUCAGCAAGUUCAGAGAAACGUUACCCGACGACGUCAGUUCUGACGACGACCACACAUAGCGUGAGUGCAAUACCCAGUGUUUCUCUGUGGGAAAAUAUAAGGGCCAGUAUUGACAUUACUGACGAUAAUGGCGAUAAUGAAAUGGACACUGACAUUGCCGCUGUGCCUGUUAUUAAAAUCGAAGACACGAGCGAGAAACCGUCGUGUCAGUACAACAGCAAAGACUUUGAUGACUCGCACAUCAAACAAGAAAAUCCAUCUAGCUGCAUGCUAUACAACUCAACCUCUUUCUCUGACCGACCGAAGUCCCUGAAUAUUCCCGUUCCCCAGAGAAUCCUGUCCUCGCCCUCUCCUCUAGUCCAGUUUGUCUCUCACUACAGCUCAGCCGGAGAGCUGAAAAGCCACUCCCCUCUUGGUCACCAGUUCAGCGUCGGGUCGACGCCCCCUCACACAGUUCCCGUCUUGAUGCCGACGCCUCCCGAUUCUCAGCCGAGCAGUCCCGGAACGGCAUUCGGGGACGUCCGGCGGACCCCGCCGCCCCCCUACCCGGGCAUGCUCCAGAGUCACAUGCAGUUGCCCCUUAAUGUGCUUGGUAUGAGUCCGAUGUCGUUGUCGCCGCAGUCGAUGGGACACCACAAUUCAUCCAAGAAACCCCAGAAGACCCAUCCAGGGUGCUCGACUAUUAAAUACAACCGGAAAAACAACCCCGACUUGGAAAAACGUCGAAUUCACUUCUGUGAAUUUCCUGGUUGCCGCAAAGCUUACACAAAAAGCUCCCAUCUGAAAGCUCACCAGCGAAUUCACACGGGCGAAAAACCCUACAAAUGCCAUUUUCAGAGCUGUCAGUGGCGGUUCGCACGCUCGGAUGAGUUGACACGUCACAUCCGGAAGCACACUGGUUCCAAGCCGUUUCAGUGCAAGACAUGUGAUCGCAGUUUUGCGCGCUCUGACCACUUGGCACUGCACAAUAAACGUCACGAACCCAAGGGAAAGUGACUAUCAAAGGAGUCCGGCGAUUCGGACGAAGGAUUUUCUGACACGGAGGCAUUUGAUUGUUAGGCAACGCACGAGAACCUAACUUGGGGGACGAGAAACAAACAGCCUGAUGGCAUAAGACUCAGAUUUGGAACAUUUCCAAUUUGUCUGUUUGUUUGACUGAUGGUACAGAAACAUUUGGACUGAUUUGGUUGCAUGCACGCCACGCGACGAUCAGGCGACGGCAAUGGAAUUGUUGGGUGACGGUGUUCACAAGUAAAGGCAGCCAUGCGGUUUAAUUGCUGAACAAUUGGGCGUUUGAUGAGCUAAAGUUUCAUUUUCAGCCAAAGUUGACUGGCGGAAAGAAUUGUGAUAGAUUUGUUUUUGGUUGAACGAUUUUUAAAGUCUAUUUGUUCAGGAACGUUUGAUAAUUUUCAUUUUUGUAACAUAUGGAUAUUGUGCUUAUGUGCUUGUUGGAUAUUUAUCUAUUUAGCUAUUGUACUUAUUAGUGAAUAUUGUUGAUGUUUGUUCUGUGUUUAAAAGUGGUCUUUAUUCAUUUGUGUUUUAAGCUUUUUUGGCUGUCUUUGAGUUUACACGCGCUGUUUAUAUGUUUCAAGACCAUACGCUGAAUGAACAUAUCACAGUAAAAUCCUCGCAUCAAUAUUUUCAUUUUCUUAGUUCUUUUGUACUAUCUUGAAGCCAUACUGUUGUUUUGUGGUUUUUGUCACAAUGUCACAAGAAUAUUGCUAUGAUUCUUGUAUGUAUGUGUACAUUACACAUAGUUAAUAGUAGAAUAUAUGUUAUUUAUUGCUCAAUUUCAAAUGGAGGCCGAUUUUCUUGAUUCGACACCGUUAGACGAACAAGAAAAAAAAAGAUUUUCCAUUUCAUUUGUUAUAUCAAGCUCUCUACUUCAAGCCCCUAGAAUUCCAGUGUUUGUUAACGUUCUAUUUUAAAGUUUUCUCUUUACUUGUUUCGCACAGUUUGUCCUGCUAUGUUUGAGUCUCAGUGAUAUAUGUGUUAUCCACCUGCUUUUCAGUGCUUUCACCUUAACUAUCGCCAUAUCAUGGGAAAUGUGCUAUUUGAUGUAAAUUCACAUCGCUCGUUUUAUACCUAGGAAUUAAAUUCCAAAAGGCAUGUUCCAAUAAUACGCAUAACCUUAAAAUGCAGAUUUAGAUUCCAACAAAUCUGUAUUCUUUACAUUUCCUUUUUCACCUCUAUGUUGACUAAGAAAAACAUGUACAGUGGUAUUUCCCACCGUUUUCACUUAGAAAUGCGUGGGUCAUGUUAGUACAUUCAACGUUUUUAUUUGCUGUUGUUACGUUUUUAAGACGAAAAUGACUGUUCUCGUUUUAAAAUAACUGUUUUAUAUUUUUGUCAUUAUAAGUGCUUGUAAGUAUUGCGUUUAUUAUAAAUAAAAAUAAACUUGAUAUUUUUACACAAAA